AUAAUUCACCCACCCAGGUGUACAACUACCAGCCCUGCGACCACCCCGAGCACCCCUGUGACAGCUCCUGCCCCUGCAUCAUGACUCAGAAUUUCUGCGAGAAGUUCUGCCAGUGCAACCCUGACUGUCAGAACCGCUUCCCCGGCUGCCGCUGUAAAACCCAGUGCAACACCAAGCAGUGCCCGUGCUACCUGGCCGUGCGGGAGUGCGACCCGGACCUCUGCCUGACCUGCGGGGCUUCGGAGCACUGGGACUGCAAGGUGGUCUCCUGCAAGAACUGCAGCAUCCAGCGGGGCCUCAAAAAGGUACUGACACUGGCACCAUCGGAUGUCGCCGGCUGGGGGACUUUCAUCAAGGAGUCUGUGCAGAAGAACGAGUUCAUCUCCGAGUACUGCGGUGAGCUUAUUUCCCAGGAUGAGGCCGACCGGCGAGGGAAGGUCUACGACAAGUACAUGUCCAGCUUCCUCUUCAACCUCAACAACGAUUUUGUUGUUGAUGCCACCCGCAAAGGAAAUAAAAUCCGCUUUGCCAAUCACUCGGUGAACCCCAACUGCUAUGCCAAAGUUGUGAUGGUGAACGGAGACCACCGGAUCGGGAUCUUUGCCAAGAGGGCGAUCCAGGCGGGAGAGGAGCUCUUCUUUGACUACAGGUACAGCCAGGCAGACGCCCUGAAGUAUGUCGGCAUAGAGAGGGAGACGGACAUCAUCUAG